CCGCCCCCUCCGUGCGUCCCUCUCCCGUCUCUAGGCCCCGGCCACCGCCUCCUGCCUUUGCCCCACUUGACCUCGGUGGCAGCCGCUUGACUCCGCCCUGUGCGCCGAGCUGCAGCCAUGGCUGUCACCGCCGAGGGCGCCCGCAGGAAGGAGCGCAUCCUCUGCCUGUUUGACGUGGACGGGACGCUCACGCCGGCUCGCCAGAAGAUUGACCCCGAGGUGUCUGCCUUCCUGCAGAAGCUGCGAAGCAAGGUGCAGAUUGGCGUAGUGGGCGGCUCUGACUACUCCAAGAUCGCUGAGCAGCUGGGGGAUGGGGACGAAGUCAUCGAGAAGUUUGAUUAUGUGUUUGCGGAGAACGGGACAGUGCAGUAUAAGCAUGGACGACUGCUCUCCAAGCAGACCAUCCAGAGCCACCUGGGGGAGGAGCUGCUGCAGGACCUGAUCAACUUCUGCCUCAGCUACAUGGCCGUGCUCAGGCUGCCCAAGAAGCGGGGUACCUUCAUCGAGUUCCGGAACGGCAUGCUGAACAUCUCACCCAUCGGCCGCAGCUGCACUCUGGAGGAGCGGAUUGAGUUCUCCGAACUGGACAAGAAGGAGCGGAUCCGGGAGAAGUUUGUGGAAGCCCUGAAGACGGAGUUCGCAGGCAAGGGGCUGAGGUUCUCAAGAGGCGGCAUGAUCAGCUUUGAUGUCUUCCCAGAGGGCUGGGACAAGCGCUACUGCCUGGACAGCCUGGACCAGGACAGCUUCGACACCAUCCACUUCUUUGGAAACGAGACCAGUCCUGGCGGGAACGACUUUGAGAUCUACGCCGACCCCCGGACUGUAGGCCACAGCGUGGUAUCCCCUCAGGACACGGUACAGCGGUGCCGAGAGAUUUUCUUCCCAGAAACAGCCCACGAGGUGUGAAGAGCAACACCCAAACUUAACACUGUGAAUACCCAUUGCUCUGACCAGGCCCGCAGAAGAACACUGCAUCGGCUGGGGUGGGGGACCCUGGGCCUGUGCACUGCUGCGAGACACAUGCUGCAGGCCGAGCCUGGCCCCUCGCCUCCUGAUCCCAAAGUGUCCCUGGCCUCUGCCCUGAUGGCUGUGGUCAUAGCUGCUGCUCGUAGUUCAGAACAGGACAGCCCCGUCUACAUGGGAGGAGGCCGUGCAAGGGUGCGAUGCAGGGGCCCCAGCAAAUCUCCGAACCGUGUCACAAGCAUUAAAGGCCCCACACACGACAA